AUGUGGAAUUUCAGCAAUCUUCCAGACAUGCUCCAGCAGAUGAGGAACUCCUCUGUGGCAUCUGCAUGUUACAUGCAAGCCUUUGUGGCUCCUCUGUGCUGGGCGACCUUGACCACACAGAGUGAAAACAUGACUUCAGACGAGUACGACACACUGCUAUCGGCUGCCAAACCUGCGCUGCAGAAUAUGCCUUUUUCUAGAAUGAACCUUCCCACUGAUGGAGGAAAGUGCCAAAACCUGACAAAGAUGAUGGACAUGCUGAAGGAUGUGUAUGGUUACAUGUCUAAAGACCAAAGGACUCAGGUGAAUGUGACUAGUAACAGCCUCAUUUACUUGUUAGGGCUGAAGAAGAGCUGCACACCUUCACUGAAAUGGCUGAACUUGGAGGCGUUGACCAUGAUGGGACCGUACGUCUCCCGUUUAGCACCAAGAGACGUGGAUUCUUCUCCCAAAGAACAGCUGUGUGAAUUUUUCCACUCAGGCCAUUUUGCAUCUGCUAUGAAUAUGACCUCUAAAAUCAAUCCAAGCCUGGGCAAGAAGUUUCUUCAAAGAUUUCAAGAGUGCUUCAGUGGAAAUCAGGAGUUUGCUGAGAAUGUGGACAAGCUCGGCAUACUGGCCUGUCAUUAUUCCACCACUCCAGACUUGCCUCCUGACAUCAGCAGGAAACUCCUCUCUGAGCUUAAGGAAUGCGAUGACUUCGGCAACCCCAGGAUCACACAGUGGAAGAAGCGUCUUGUCAAGUCUGUGAUGUCAAAUACAAACAGCACUGAAGCACUACCCUGGCUGGGCAAAAUGGUGGCCUCGCUGUCUCCCAAACAGCUGUCUGAGAUUCCUGCCAAAUCACUCAAAGAAUUUCUCAAAGAUCUGGGACCCACCGUCCAAUGGACAAAGGGCCAGCAACGCACCCUGGUCAAGAAACUGCUUUGCGAUAAGGUGAGCCUGCAGGACUGCUGGAAGUCUGGCUCUCAUAUGCGCCCUGAGGAUCUGGUGGACCUUCAGUCCGUCGCAGGUGGUUUGCCAAGCAGUGUGCUCAAGCACGUCAAGAACAUCCCGACAGAUAAAGAGGGCCUGAAGAACAUGUCCAUGCGGAUGUCGAAGGGGCAGCUGAUGGCCGUGCUGCAGGGGCUGCUUGGACAAAUGGUUCCCGCAGAGCUGGUGCAGAAGUUGUUUGGCCGUUUGCUUCGCAGGCUUCCUCUAAACAAGCUGGACAAAGCUAACAUCUUUACCUUCACCUCUUUGGACCAAGUGGUGGUUAAAAUGUGGUCUCGGCCACAGGCAGCUUUCCUGGCAAAACAGAUGCAUGAUAAACAGAAGCUUCAUUGGAAGCUGCGUUCAGUCCUCCAAGGAGUAACCUGUAAGAUGAUAGACGGUGUCGCGGACAAUGAGACGCAAGACAUGGCUCAGGCCAUAACAGAGACUCCACAGUGGCUCUCCAACGUGCAGGCAUGCAGGAUGUGCGGCCAGAAAGCUUUUUGCAACGAAGGAGAAAGAGAGAGCUGA